UGGGGAAGAAGGAUUCUCGUAUCAACGGGCAUUUAUGCACCAAUGGGGGUUACUAUCAACGAGAAAACCGAUCGUCUCUACUGGUGCGAAUACAACGGGAACGUGUACUCUAUCAUGAAGGAUGGCACACAAAGGAAAACACAUUACACGGACAGAGUGACCAAGCCUCACUUCAUGGAUAUAGCAGUCUUCAAUGGCUUCCUCUACAUUGUAGAACUUACAGGAGCAUCCUUGUGAUCCCCGAAAAGGACAAUCCUACACAUAGAGCUACACUUUUUUCUGGAUCAUUCAAGCAAAUAACAGGGAUCCACGUUUUUUCUCCAAAUUCAGUGGAGACAGGCUGUGCUGAUGGAAGAUAUGGCACUGGUUGUACAAGUGUGUGUGGCCGGUGUGCUGGUGGCAUGUCUCUGUGUGAGAAGACCACUGGAUCUUGUUUGGCUGGGUGUGAUCCAGGGUAUUCUGGGAACUUCUGCACUGAUGAAUGCAGUCGAGGAACAUAUGGCAAUAAAUGCUCUGAGUUGUGCGGACAUUGUCAAACAGGGACCACGUGUCAUCAUGAGACUGGACAAUGUCCAAGCGGCUGCCAAACAAGUUGGCCAGGGAACAAGUGUAAGGAUAGAGGUCCCCCUGAAGUUGUGAUCUUAUUGACCGAACGCCACACGCUUCUCACCCCAGGAUCUGUCUACAGAUGGGAUAUCUAUGGCCACAAGCUGACACGACACCCUCUUAUUUCUAUCACCACCCCCACAGCCAUUGACUAUGACAAUGUCAACAAACGAAUCUACUGGACGGAUAUCAGCAGAGAGGAAAUCCGGAGUGCUGAUCUCACUGCUGGAGAUAAUACACUUGUAGCAAAGCUAAACAACAUUUCUUACCCGGAAGGUCUCAGUGUUGAUGGUAGUGCCGGCAAGAUCUUCGACACGGACAGAGGAAAUAAAGUCAUUGUUAGCAUCAAUAUGAAUGGGUUUGCAAGAACAACGAUCGUGAGGUCAAAUGUGAUCUACCCCAAAGGCAUCAUAGCAGACAAAAUCGACAGGAAACUGUACUGGGUUGAUCAUUCGAUUGACACAAUCAGUUCUUGCAACUAUGAUGGAGUUGGAAGAAGGAUUCUCGUAUCAAAGAGCAUUAAUACCAUUUAUGCACCAAUGGGGGUUACCAUCAACGAGAAAACCGGACGUCUCUAUUGGUGCGAAUACAACGGAAACGUGUACUCUAUCAUGAAGGAUGGCACACAAAGGAAAACACAUUACAGGAACACUCGAGUCAAACCUCGCUUGAUGGACAUCGCUGUCUUCAACGGAUUUCUCUACAUCAUUGAUAGAACAUACAGGGGCAUUCGGGUGAUCCCUGAAAACUUGAACUACACGCACAUGGGAUUACUUUCUUCGAGGUAUUUCAAAACCUUGACAGGAAUCCACGUCUUCUCUCCUAACUCAGGAGAAACAGGGUGUCCGGACGGAAGAUACGGCGCUGGUUGUACAAGUGUGUGUGGCCGGUGUGCUGGUGGCAUGACCCUGUGUGAGAAAACCAUGGGAUCCUGCUUGGCUGGGUGUGACGCAGGUUACGAUGGCAACUUCUGCACUGAGGAAUGCAAGCCCGGAACAUACGGCAGGGGGUGUUCCUCCUGUGGCCACUGUAAAGAGGGAACAACGUGUAAUCACGUGUCCGGAAAGUGUCCGAGCGGCUGCCAAACAGGUUGGCGGGGAGACACGUGUCAGCAGAAAGAAUGCCCAUCUGGAAUGUAUGGAUCACAAUGUUCACUUCCGUGUGGGCGUUGUAAGAACGGACCGAUGUGUAACUCAACUGACGGUGCUUGUCCGCAAGGGUGUAGCGCCGGGUGGAAAGGGGCCACGUGCAAAACGAGAUGCAGCCGGCUGUACUACGGGGAGAACUGUGGAAGAAUGUGUGGCUACUGUCGUGGAGAUACGUGUAGCCCUCUCACUGGAGUAUGUCCAAUUGGGUGCCAGACCUACUGGAAGGGGCCUCUUUGCCAGGACCUAAAUGUUUUAACCAGCCCAGCAUCCCUGGCAAGAGGAAGGUUCGUUGAUGCUCUCAUCUUCGCUGCUGCUGCUUCAAGGAUCUUUAAACUGUUCAUUUGACAUUCGUGUUUGAUGUGAUAGCUCUUCCGAUACCAUAUUGUCUUUCCCGUAUAAACACAGUUCAAAAACAAAUCCUACUUAUACAUGUAAGGUGAUUAGUUGUGAUAUGUCGUAAAACAUUUACAGUUCCUGGUUGUUUAUCAAUUUACAGAUUAGGGACAUAUGACAUAUGCUCUGAAAGCAAGUCAUACAUGGGGUAGUCUCUGUGUAAUUGAUGUUAUCUGGAGGUGAAUGUGAAAGUUGGAAACAGCAGUGUCGGAUAAACCGGAACAUCCGAUUCAUUCAACACAAAGUACUAAUUUGCUUCUAUGAGAGUCAACUGUAUAAUCUUGGAUAUGUUAGAUUGUCAAAUCAGUCAUUUCGUGAAAUGACUAAAGAUUUCAGUCGUGAAAUGAAUAAGAUGUCGCCAGUCUUUAGUCUUGGUAUCACUCAUCCACACUACCAGCAUGUCUUUUAUGUCGCCAUUUGCCCUGUCAUCUGAUCCUUGACUUUGGGGAUGGCGUGGCUUACCAUGUACUCGUGCUAGUUCUGGCCAGACGUGUUGAAUUUCUUUAAUAACAUGAGACGUGAACUCUGAUCCAUUAUCAGAUUGGAGGCUCAAGAAAAUGUCAACGUUGUCCGUGGUCUCAAUAGGCAAAACUUAGUUAAGUGAUCCUGAUAUACCAUAAUCCAGAGAAAUGGCUGACCCACUUAGUAAUUUCACGAAAUGGCUGACCCUCUUAGUCAUUUCACGAAAUGGCUGACCCUCUUAGUAAUUUCACGAAAUGGCUGACCCUCUUAGUAAUUUCACGAAAUAACUGAUUUCUCAUUCUGACUGUAACAGACAUACUCAGCAGGCAUGCAGUUAUUUUCGGUGUAAUUUGUUGAAUAGUUUGUCCAUACUACUUCAGUGUGAACUGGAUUCUAAAUCCAUUGGUCUGGUAUUUGUAUCGUGUUUCGAUGUGUAUAUAACGAAUGUUAUUAUAGUAAAUGGUGACGUCUUAAUGGUACUAGUUAUGCUACUUUUACAUUGUGACGAAUGCUGAUGUAUUUGAUAUGGUAAGACACAAGGGUGAGAUUCUGUUCUGUUAUCAAACAUCAUUCAGUAUGUGAACACUAGUAUGAAGUGACUUUGCGAAAAAGUGUAAAACGUAAGGCUACCAGCUUCAGUAGAAGCGAGAUUUGUGAUGUCAAUUUACUGUGGUGUCAUGGUAACGAAGACGCCACAAUGGUCUGCUGAUCUUUAUGAUGCAAUCUGAUUGUUGUUUAUUGUCAUCUCACUAAACCGGCACCUACUUUUGGUCUAACUUUAGAUAAUGUUUUUAUGAAAUAGUUAUAGCAUAUUUGUGUCAUAUUUUUAUUAUUGCAAUUUUAAAGAUGUUAUUUUUAUUCAUUUAUAAAAUUGUUGAGGUUAUAUUUUAUUUGUUUGGGAAAUUAUUAUAUUUUCUUUAUUCUUUAUAGUAGACUCUAAAGGAGAAGUAUUAACUAAAAACACAAAACACAAUUUCAGAAUAAGUAAAUAUCAAGAUAUGCAAUCAAGUUUCUCAUAUCGAAAGUAAGAAGCACAAAAUAAGAGUGGAAAUGUAAUGAUGUUAUGAUGCAUUUGUUUACCGACAUAAACAGGUCAGUGUUUAUCCCCUUAAGUUAUGACGUAAUUGGUGCAAAUUUGAAUCGGUCCCCUGGCUAGUCCUAAGGCAAAAAUAUCCACAUUAAUGUAUGGACAUAGUAUGUAAAAGGUAUGCAAAAUCUGCAACAUUAUAGAUUGAUCGUACUUACUUUCAUUCAUAAAAGUUCAUCAAAUAUUUACCACAGUGUUGACGAAUGACAUCGCUACCGGUGACUGGGUUCUCAAAAUUCACGUUAUGGGACGUUUACUGAAGGGUAGUAUUCACAUAAAUGUGACAAGUAAUCAGAAACAUUCUGACAAACUGCGCAUUGUCAUUCGCUUUUAUUGUUUUCAUUGUAAUUGUAACAAAGAGUCGGCAAAGCUGAUAACUACCGUUAUGGUUGUUCAGAAAUUAUGACAUAUCCCAAGAGGUUAACACAGAAGGCUGCGCAGAGGGACACAAGAAUCACACUCUUGUACCUACACCACGUGAUACGUGUGUAAUAGGGUCUAAUGACGUCAUUCUGUUAUCAAUUGGCACCAGUGACGUCAUAUUGCAAGGGACUUAAGCCAUGGUGUAUUUAUUAUGGAAGUAAGGACCCCCCGUAAAUUUGAAAAAAUUGAAUAUAAUAACCAAAAUAAAAUAAAAUACUUAUUAACUUACUUCCUUACUUACUUACUCAUUACUUACUUAUGAUAUCUGUAUUGCUUUGGCUAUGAAACUACUAAGCAAAUACCUAUUGUGCAGAAAAACUGCAAGUAAAAUAAUGUUUUUAGUGAACUUCCCCUUUAGGAGGUUCUAUUUAUUUGUUCAUCUAAAAAUCUUUUAGUUGUUCUAGUUAUUAUCAGGGUGUUUUGUCAGUCGACUCGCUGUGUAAUAUGUGCUUCUAUGUUUCUGUUUUAUACGGCACUCAGCGAUAAUCCAGUUAUAUCAACGCUGUCUGUAACAGCCGGUUUGGAAAGAGAACAGUUGCAUGUAAUAACACUGAACACUGUAAAUACACUUUCGUUUUAGAAAAGUAUAUAUUUGGUGAAAACUAAAGACAAAUCUAAAUCUUUUAUGCUUCCUAUCACUGAACCCGACCCCCGAUCUUCGCUCCGUACUCCCCCAUCCAGAAAUCGCCAGUCCCUGACGGACUUUACAUAAUAUUGACAAAGGGCUUCAUAGGCUUUGAAUCUCGUACAAAUUAUUUUGUGUGUGGCUUUUUUUAUCUUUUGUUUUGAUCUGUAGAUUUGUUUGGAGCUGUCCAUUUUACUCAUUUACUCAAGAUUGCGAACUUCCGAUAUUUGUUAUUCCUGUUCAGAAUGUAGAUUUGCUGAUUUUUAUUGUUUCGUUUAUAUUUGAUAUUAAUUUAUAAAAUUAGAAAUAAACUCUUGUGAAUAUUGUAA